AUGUACAGAUAUAAUGUGGCACCGACAUAUUACGAGCCAGUUGUUCGAGGAGACGCGCAAUCCCAUGAAAACAUCAUUCAUAGCAUGAAAUGGGGAUUAGUUCCAUCGUGGACAAAACGAGGAACGGAACCCUCUUGUAUCACGAAAACUAUAAAUGCGCGAGAUGAUUCAAUAACGGAUGGUAAACCAAUCUUCUCGUCAAUGAAAAAUUCGAAACGGUGUAUUGUGAUUGUUCAUGGGUUUUAUGAAUGGUUGAAAAAGGGUAAAGAAAGGAUCCCGUAUUUUGCGAAACGCAAAGACAAUGAGAUGAUGUUCUUUGCUGGAUUGUAUGAUUGUGCUACGUUAGAUGAUGAACCGAAAGAACCCUUAUACUCAUUCACGAUCGUAACUACAUCUGCAUCAAAACAGUUUUCAUUUAUACAUGAUCGAAUGCCCGUGAUUUUAGAUGAAUCACAAGUGGAGAAAUGGUUGGACCCGAAUACAAAAUGGAAUCGGGAACUGGCGGGAAUGUUGAAGCCAUAUGAGGGUGAACUUGAAAUUUACCCUGUUGACAAGGCUGUUGGAAAAGCGGGAACCGAUUCCCCGAGUUACAUAGUUCCCGUUAAUCCAAAGGACUCUAAAUCCAGCAUCGAAAGUUUUUUCGAAAAAAUAAAGCAGCAGCCAGCAAAAAACUGUGUCUCUGAUAAUUCUGAACAGAAAAAUGUGGUAAAAUCAACUUUUGAUGAUGGUGGAGCAACAUCGCCAGCAAUUACGAAAGAUUCUAAAAUUCAUGAAGAAGAUGAUACAUUUGGAAUGGAGGCUAUUCCAUAUAGUAGUAACGAGAGUAGUCCAAUCGGAUCACCAAACAGCAAGAAACGUAAGCCAAACGAUGAGCAUGAUGAUUAUGAAGAUAAUGAGUCAAACGAUACUAGGUCAAAAAAGCACAUUCGUACGGAAUCUACUGCUCCUAUUAAAUCUCAACCGUCAUUGUCGCUUAAGAAAAAUACGUCUGCAAGCUUCACGGAAAUUACUACACCCAACAGCACCUUAAACACCUUAAAAAAUUCUGCAUUAAGUAAAGGUCGAUUACAUGUUUAG